AUGGCUUUUCCGAGAUCCCGAGAUCUGGGAAAAACCUCUCUGGGACUCGGCUGCUUCGGUGCUUUCGCUUCGGCCAAGGACUUGGAGGCGAUUCUGGCCAGCGCGGCCGAACAAGUCGGCGUCCCGCGAUACGCUGCGAAAGAUCUUCGCAUCUUGCUUCAGGUCCUGGGCUGUGGCCCUCGGAGCAACCGGCAUUUGGAGCCCGAAGACCUUGAGCAGCUAAGGUGCGACUCCUGCAAAUUCGCGCUCAAGGCAGAUGGCGAGCGCAAGUUCUUCGUUUUCUGGGCCAGCGGCUCUUCAAAGGUCGGUGCGUGGACCGUCCAACCAGGGACCGGGCAUGUGGAACCUUUGUUGGUGAGGUUCGGACAGGAGCAGCCCAACUUUCCCAAUGGACUUUCCAUCAUCGACGCUGAGGAGGUGCUGCUGAUCACAGCUGAGGAGGCCGCCAAGUGCCUUCCCGGACCCGGUCCGGCGCAGCCUCGAUCCCAGAGAGGUUUACUGGCCUUCGACUUGCUGCUGGAUUUCGGCAAGGCCCCCUCCUCGCUGCUUGCGGCGCGGCAGGCGCGCUUGCAGGAGCUGGCUGCUGCGCUCUCCAGGGUUCGCUUCUACCCGGGCUACAAGGACAAGCUCAACAGCAAUGUCAAGGUGCUACCCAAGGAGCGUUGGGCUGCACUGGAAGCUUUGCUGGGAGCACCUUUGCUCCUUGACACCGAGACAAAGCCCUACAGGCCCUUAGCUGAGCUGCCUGGCUUCCUGCCCCUCGCUUCCUGGCAGCCCUGUGGAGAAGCAAGCGGGGGUACGAGGCGGGGCUUCCGAUGUGACGGACUCGUCUUCGCUUCCCGCCUUCCAACCGGUGGCAUGGACCUCAAGUGGAAGGAGAGCAGAAGCAUAUCUGCGGACUUUCUGGUGCGUGGACGGCGCCCUGGCAGUACAUCGGGCAGUACGGCGACACCCUUGCCGCUGCAGGUCUGGUGCCCCAGCCGCCAGGAGCACGUCGCCUUCGAGCCAAAGGAGGAAGCCUCGGUACCGGCCAUGUGUGUCCUUCCUGAGGGUGCCGUGGACGACUGCCUGCUCUCCUGGGAAGCCAUCGCUGAAUUUACUCUUCAAGGCGGCCAGUGGAUCUUCCAGCGCUUGCGGGCCGACAAGGUGCAUGCGAACACUUCUGAGACCAUUUCCUCCAUCCUCGAGCUGGCGAAAUCACCCAUCACCCCGGAGGACUUGGUGGCAUCGUGCCGGAGCUUGCCCAGAAAAGAAGUAGAGUACUACAGCCCUGUUCCAGACGACCUCCGCACCGGACCUCAGCUGCGGGCGCUCUGCGAGGCUCAUCAGCAGGCGAAGCUGGUUCUGCAUCAGGCUUUUAGCGGCCCCACUGUACUGGACGUUGGCGCCGGCCGGCUAGCAGAUGUGCAGCUCGCCAUAGCAUGCGGCACCGUGAAGGAGCUGGUGGCCGUCGAUCGCGACGUCGAGGCUGGAGCUCUGGGCGGAAAGGGAGAAGUGCCAUCUCUGGACCAAUCGACGAGUGUGACGUACAUGGACAGCGACAUGUUGGAUCGCUCCGAUGACGGGAGGCUGCAGACCAUGGUCCUCGAGGAGGGGCCGCAAAACACCGUGACCUUCUCGGUGACUCCUCGGGACGAUGGCACUCUGGAUGUCUUCGUGGGCACCAUCGGCAGGACACAUCGCGAGCACCCGGUGUCCACCUGCGAACUCUUGUCGCGCUUCGCACAGUCCGGCCUGACCGUUGCCAGCCGCGGCCUCCUGCGCGACUUGCCUCGGAACACACCACCGGGGCAUCCCCCAGGACUCGGACCCAAUCAGCCGCAGCAGCUGGAGAAGAUCCUCAGGCUGUUCGCCUAUGCGGUGUUCCGCAGGGCCCCUGCGGCAGCGCUGCUGGGACGUUCUCCGCACGAGUCCUUCCCGCAGCAUGUAGUCCAGUGCGCGGUGGAGCUGCUACCAGCCAAGACCCUUGCAGCUCUGGCGAUGACGUCCCAAUCUUGGCGCCGUUUUCUCUCCAACGACAUCGCAAUUCCGGCUCUCUCCAGGGGGCUGCGACAGCUGCCCUGUGGUCCUCGGAAAGUUGUGCUUUGCGAACGUUGUGGAUGCACGCGCCGCUUCGACGCCUUCGGAGAGCGCUUCCCGGCACAACCUUCACCACGUACUCUUUCAGGGUGUAGCGUAUAG